UCAAUUGAUGCGCUUCUUUGCCGAGCCGAUCAAAAAAUCAAAUUUCUCCAAAAAAUAAGGAAAAAUAUCCCUCAAAACCGCGUAGGAUUCAAAGCACAAAGUCUGCUGAAGAAAAAUCAAACAAAAACUUUGCGAAAUAAUGCGAAGAGAGGACCAAACGCGAACGAAAUAAAUCGAGCUCGAAGCGUUGUUAUUUUUUUGUGUAUGGUAAAAGCCUUUCGCUGCACCAUCAGUCAUGGCAGAAGUGGAAAAUAUGGAGACUGUGUCGGAGGCAGUAGCGGAAAAGCCUGAAACUGAAGAUGCGGGUACCUUGGAGGCAAGUAUCGAAGCCGAAUUGGGUGAAAUUGUCAAGCAGGACGACGAGAAACCGAAAGUUGUGCCAAAAUUGCAAGUUUUGGAGGACAAAAUUAUCAAACCGGCAUCGCCUGUGACGCAAAAUCCCGUUGAAAUUGCAUUAAUUCAGCUGCAAGAGACUCCGAUUGGGGUUCGAGGACGUCCUAAGAAGACAAAUCCGUCGGAUGAGAGCUCCAAUGGUUCAGGACAACUGUUUCAAAGUCGCAAUAAAUUGAGACGAACGUUUGUGACAAGCGAAGAACUCGACAAAGAACUGGAAGCGACGAUGCAAGAGCUUGAACCGGGAUCAUCGGGUGCUGUUCAUGUCGUUACGAACAAUGGCAAUAAAGGAGCUUCUGUAAAAAUUAAGGAUCAAGACCUCAUUGCGAUUCUUGAAGGGAAUGACAGUGCCGAAGUUGUCACUCAUGUCGAAAAAAAGGCGGGAGCGGUAAUUUUAGAUGUUCUUGAACCUCCGCAGGCAACACAUCCCGACCCCGAAGACGAAGCUGAGAUCGCAUUACAACAAAUGAUGAGUCUACCGAAGCCCAAACGUGGCAGAAAAUCGAAACACGAAACGACGACGGAUCUCGUGAGUUCCAUAGUCGACGAUUGGAGCGAUAACGAAGUCGAAUUCGAGGUAACUGCCGAUUCAAAGUCAAAUAAUACAACAACGUACACAGUUUCGCCCGUUUCUCGUGUCAAUAAGCCCGCAGUUCAACCCGCAACGAAGAGCGGGGCAGCAAAACGCAAACAAACGCAAGCCGUUGUCUCGGAUGAUGCGGGUUCUGUUGAGAUAAUUCAAACUGUUGAACCUCCACGCAUCCUAAAUGCCGCCAAAGUAACGUCUCCCAUCAAAUUUGAACGUCGUCGCGUCAUUAAAAAGAAAGUUAUUUGGGAUCCGGAUGAUCCAACGCCACCUGUUGGCACGCGAAUCGGCAACACAACCAUCAAAAAAGUGACAAAUGUCGUAAAAACCGAAAAUGAAGACGAAUCGCCGGCAAUUACGGAGGAAAAGAAACCCGUUGUUGUUGCGGUUAACAAGAAAAAACGCACCGGAAAGUCUGAAAUCGAUAAAUUACUCGGGGAUGAGGGCGCUGUUAACAUGCUGUACUCCGUCGAGCGUGAAAAUAACUCGGAUUUGCCGGAAAUUAAGACCGCAAUGGAAGAACAACUGAUCGACGUCGAGGAAGAACAAAAUAAUUUGCUGAAAAAAGCCAACGCCCUCAAGCGGGCAGUCAUCAAACAAACAAAAUCUCCUCCGACAACAACGCCAUCUCGUGCUGCUCGUGCGAAACGUGCUCCAACUCCGACGCCUUCUCCUCCAACUACUUCCGCGACACCUUCAGCAACUGCAACAGCUACAAAUGCCUCAUCUGCUGCCGCGAAAAAACAAACUCCCGCAAAAAAACGGAAAACCAAUCAAAACGAUUCGUGGGAUUAUGUCUACAAAGCGCGUCAAAAUGACGAUUCGAUGAUCGUAAGACGUCGUUCGAACAGUUCGUACUCUUCAACAACGAGUCCGCGUCGUUUGUCGCUCGAUCAAUCGCAACUCGAUGACUCGCAAGAUGCCCCGGAGACAGAAACAUCAACGUCGGAAGUUCCUGAAACAACAACUGAAACAGCUACGAAGGCAAAUCCGCCGCCCACGAAGAAACCGCGCGGCAAAAACUUUGAAUUUGCGAAACCGAAUGCGAAAAAAUCCGCAAAUAAGAAGCCACUCGACACAAGUAAGCUAGUCGAACAGAUUCGGGGCAAGUUGAAGCCAAAACCGUUCAAUUUGACGCCCAUUAAGCCAGUUGUGCCGCAAGUUUUGAGUCCGGAUAAGAGAAAGGCGCUGGAUUCGAAGCAGCUGAGCAUUAAAAAGUACGAUAAAUUUGCGAUUUUGACACUGCCGAGUAUUGAUGGGAAGGUUAAGGAUUGUCUGACGUUGCAAUUGCUCAACAAAAUUAUUGCCGCAUUGAAACAACUCGAGAACGACACACUUUGCAAUGCCGUUGUCAUCACUUCAGCUGGCACGGACUUUUGUCGCGGCAUCAACUACAACAUUUUGGUACAAAUUGACGAAGAAAAACGUUCAAAUGCUGCACGCGAAUUCGCCUCAGCUGUCAGAAAAUUCAUCUUUGCCCUUGCAACUUUUCCCAAACCGCUAAUUUGCAGUCUCCAAAGCGGCGAAGCAUGCGGCAUCGGCGUCACAAUUUUGCCGUUAUUUGACAUUGUACUUGCUCGGGACGACGUCAAACUAUCCGCGCCUUACGGUUUGAUGGGUUACUUCCCCGAAGGUUUGUCCGUGCUGCGACUACUGAACAAAAUUAAGAAUCGCACGGUUAGUGACCUCUUUUAUUGUAAUCGUUCAUUGACCGCUGAGGAGGGAAUCGAGCACGAACUUGUCACACGAACAUUUUCUAGAAGCAAUUUCAACGACGAAGUACUUUCGACGGCUCGUGCGGUUGUCGCCAGCUCGACUCAGGCACUUUUAUCCAUCAAAGCAACUUUAACGAAGGACCUGAUCGAACAAAUCGACGAAGCCCUUGCCGAAGAAGAGCAAAUUCUAAUUCAACAUUGGACCUCCGCCGAAUGCCAAGAGAAAUUCAGAAACUUUUUAAUCAAUGGACAUUGGUAACUUCAAAGUUUCUGACGCAAAAAAAAACAUUCUUUUUAAAAAUUUCAACCUUUGAAGAAGACGUAUCACUAUUUUUUUUCUCUAUCUCUAAAAUACUUUUAAAAUUUUAUUAGAAACGGAAAAUUUCGUUAAAAUAUUAAGUUAAGUUUUUCCCAACAGAUGUUUGGGUAUAUUUUCAGUUAUAUUCCUGUUUAGACAGAAAAUUUAUUAAAUUUGUAGAUUUUAGUUAAAUAAUUGGUUAAAUGACACAAAAGAAAAGAUUUGAAGAUGCAAGUAAUUUAAAAAGAAAUAUUUACAGAUUUAAUUAAAUAAAUGUAGUUAAUGUUAAAUAACUAUAGAACACAAGAAAAACAGAACACAUUGAGACAAAAAAAUAUAAUUAUUAU